UCUAUUCCGCUACUGCAUCAAUAGCAAGAGAGACUUUCAAUACAAAUUUCAAUUCGCCUUCGUCGUCUUCUGAAUCGAAACCUCGGCAGUUCACUGUUCGUCGUCGUCGUUUCUCCUUGCUCUGUGGCCGCUCUAUUGUCUUAAAACAUGCUUCCUCUUUCUCUGCUUAAGACAGCCCAAGGGCAUCCAAUGUUGGUGGAACUGAAGAAUGGGGAGACUUACAAUGGGCAUUUGGUUAAUUGUGAUACUUGGAUGAACAUUCAUCUCCGUGAAGUAAUUUGUACUUCUAAGGAUGGAGACAGAUUUUGGAGAAUGCCUGAAUGUUAUAUCCGUGGAAAUACAAUUAAGUAUCUUCGAGUUCCUGACGAGGUGAUUGAUAAAGUUCAAGAAGAAACUAAGAGUCGGUCAGAUAGAAAACCGCCUGGUGUAGGACGCGGCAGAGGAAGAGGUAGGGAGGAUGGUGCUGGUGGAAGACCGGCUAAAGGUAUUGGACGCGGACUAGAUGAUGGAGGUGCUAAAGGCCCUGGUGGAGGCCGAGGAAGGGGUGGACCAGGAGGAAGAACUGGUGGAAACAGAGGUGGGGGCCGAGGACGAGCUUGAUUGAGUUGGUGGCUGAAACAAAACUGGACGAGCAUGCUACUUUCAGAGGCAUUUUGUUUUUAUGUCAAAUGUCUCGAGUGUUUUACCUCUGAUAAAUCGUUGUAUUAUUCAGUUGGAAAGUCGGUUUUCAUUAGCAAAUGUAGCUAGUGUUAAAACAUAUUAUUUUCGUUGCUUGGUUUGAGGAAUAUAUGUUUGAUUUUCUUUAUGAUUCCUGUUUGGCCAUACUAAGAAAACUCUCUUCA